CAUGCAGGACCACCCAGUGAAUCGAUGGGAACUGUCAGGAGUGGAACGUGCAGGUUUCCAUGCCAGCCCAUUGAUCCUUGCGCUUUGAUUAAAGAGUAGUGUCCUGCAGUAGAAGCUAAGUUUAUCCCCGUUGAAGUGUUCCAUUUUUCUCGACUAUUUUUAUGUGCAGCUGCAGCCAUUUUGCAAGGUUUUUCCCCUCAGGAUUGGUGAUGUAUACCCUGGUGGAAUGAGGCACGCCAAAGGCAAGGCAUUGCUCAGGUGGCUAUGGUGGAAGUUCAGCUUGAUGCAGACCACGACUAUCCUCAGGGGCUCUUGAUAGCCUUCAGUGCCUGCACUACUGUGCUUGUUGCAGUUCACCUUUUUGCACUCAUGAUAAGUACCUGCAUUCUUCCAAACAUAGAGGCUGUUAGCAAUGUGCAUAACCUCAACUCUGUCAAGGAAUCUCCUCACGAGCGCAUGCACCGGCACAUUGAGCUCGCGUGGGCAUUUUCCACUGUCAUUGGGACUUUGCUCUUUCUUGCAGAAGUGGUGUUACUGUGCUGGGUGAAGUUCCUUCCUUUAAAGAAGAAAACUGACAACACCCCACAAAGCAACAGUUCUAGCAUCACAUCAGGACAGGCAGCAGCCAUUGCAUCGACGUCCAUUAUGGUGCCCUUUGGAUUGAUUUUCAUUGUGUUUGCAGUCCACUUCUACCGGUCACUGGUGAGCCACAAAACAGACAGACAAUUUCAGGAACUCAAUGAACUUGCUGAAUUUGCACGGCUCCAGGAUCAGCUGGAUCACAGAGGUGAUGCUGUCACCUCAGCUGUCACCAAUUUUGCAUAAACCUGUGCUUAAGAAAAUAAACCCAUUAUUCUGCUUCUGCCUUAUGGUGACUCCCUGUGGAUGAACUGGUCGAACUGCUGAUUACUGUUUAAAGAAUAAUUAUAAAUAUUCUAACCCUUUAGAGAGGGGGAAAAAAUGUUCCUUUCAUACAAGUUUUGCUGUCUGAAGGAAUGGAUGGUGGGGUGUGAUUGCACUGCAUGAGCAGCCCUCCUCCUGUGAACACUGUCUCGCAUCUUUCUCGUUAAUGCUGAAUGGUGGCUGUAUAAAUACAUGGAAAAUAACAUUGUACAUUUGGGUAUUUGUUAGGAAUGGAUAGAGAACUUGUGGAUUUUUUUUUCUCUGUUUAUCUGAUGUUGGCAUUUACUAGAAGAUACUGCUUGUCCUAUCCAUAUUGCAUGGCAUGAUACAAAUUACUUGGGACAUGCAGCAAUUAGCACUCGGUUUCAGUGCUAGCGCUGCUCUCCCUGGAAAGCCUAACAGAUGGUAGGAGUGAAAGCUUUCCCAGCAAUUUCCCCAGUUUGUUUUGCUGCCAAGUAAUUAUUACUUUGCUGAUUUCUCCAGUGCCUUUUUCCCAUGGCACUUACACAUUUUGUGACUUGCUAAACACCCAGGACUAGACUUACUGCGAUGUGGUGUGGCCACAUGAGUAGGAAUGAGACUCAACUCUUCUCUUCCAUGGAAGAAAAUAAAAGCAAUAACUGUUUUAAAGUUCUCAUGAGCUGGCACAUAAUAUCUGGAGAGAUAGAUUUGCCUGUUUCUCAUUUAAGAAUCUUUUUUAAAAAAGAAGGAACUAGAUGGAAAUUAUCACUGGAUAAUUUUUUUUGCUUGA